AUGUCUCUUUGUGAGCACAUACUGGGCUGUGGUCACACACUUCCAAGAGACAAUUGGUAUACAAACUUGGAGCUGGCCAGUGAACUACUCGAUAAGAACACUCAUUUGGUAGGUACUUUGAGGAAAAAUAGAGGAGGUUGUCCGAAAGCAGUAAUAGACACCAAAUUAAAACCUGGCGAAGUAAUAGCUAUGGAGAAUGAACGAGGGAUAUGCGUAUUGAAGUGGAAGGACAAAAGAGACGUGCUGAUGUUAUCCACGAAACAUUCUAAAAAACAUUCUAAAAUAACUAAAAAGGGUAAAGUAAUUCGCAAACCAACAAUGGUCUUAGCCUACAACGAAAUAAAAAGCGCAGUUGAUAUGAGUGAUCAAAUGCCGCAUAUUUCUUUACGUAACACGGUUAAGUCGUAUAAAAAAUUAGGAGCAGAACUUAAUAUAUUGAAUACAGCUAUUGUUAAUGCAAGGGUUAUGUACAACGAAAAUAAAAAAAGUGAAAAUAUAGUACGGUUUAGAAGAGAGUGGAGUAAUUAG